CUUUGAUAUUAACUUUUAUCUUGCUUGGGAGGGCAGUGUCACUUCGGAGGUUUGGAGGACAGCGUUAUAGUAAUAUAAGCAUAUGCCAUCUUCGUUAUUCACACAGCUGAGCACAAUCUCCUCUCCCUUAGUAUCUGGAACGUCUGACUUUCACUACCGACUUCCCAGCCAUGGGGUUGAGCGAUAACAAUGGUGUCAAUGAUUUAGCAUACGAAUCCGUGAACAAGAAGAAUCCAAGACAAGGAGGGUUUAAAGCCACUUAUUUCAUCUUUGUGAUGAUGGGGCUGGAUAGCAUAGGCUUUGUGGCUAACAUGGUAAGCAUUGUUUUAUACUUCCGGUACGUCAUGCACUUUGACAUUUCUGGCUCUUCAAACGCCACCACAAACUACUUGGGUUCCGCAUUCUUGCUCACGCUCGUUGGAGGGUUCGUCUCUGAUACCUAUAUGACUCGUCUCAACACUUGUAUACUCUUUGAUGCGAUUCAAUUACUGGGAUAUAUUUUGCUCAUUAUUCAAUCUUACAAUCCUAAACUGCAACCCGAAGCUUGUGGGAAGUCAAACUGUGUGCAUGGUACAAAAGCUUUGCUGUUUUAUGCUUCAUUAUGCUUGUUGGCACUUGGAGGCGGUGGAAUCAGAGGCUCUGUUCCUGCUUUAGGUGCUGAUCAAUUUGACUCAAAUGAUCCUGAAGAAAGAAAGCACAUAGCUUCCUUCUUCAAUUGGUUUUUGCUUAGCAUUACUAUAGGGGCUUCCAUUGGGGUAACAUUUGUAGUAUAUGUCAGCUCACCUUUUGGAUGGUAUAAAGGCUUUAUCAUCUCCAUGUUGUGCGCAUUUGCUGGUCUUGUUUUUGUUGCUUUGGGCAAGCCAUAUUACCGUGUUCGGGUGCCAGGAGAAAGUCAGUUGUUGAGAGUCUUAGAGGUUUUGGUGGUAGCAGUGAAGAACUCGAGGAUAGAAGUAACUAAUGCAGAUGAAUUAUAUGAGCCACUCGAUCAUGAGUCAUUUUCGAAUGGAGAGCUCAUCCGCCACACCAACCAGUUCAGAUUUCUAGACAAGGCCGCUAUAAUCCCAAAAGGCAAGGAGGCAGGAAAAUGGAGAGUCUGCUCAGUAACACAAGUAGAAGAAGUGAAGAUUCUGACGAGGAUGAUGCCCAUCCUCUUAAGCACCAUCCUCAUGAACACAUGUUUAGCCCAGUUGCAGACCUUUUCCGUCCAGCAAGGAGCCAUCAUGAACACACGCAUUAACGGUUUUGACAUCUCGCCGGCCUCCAUUCCCGUGAUUCCUCUAGUGUUCAUGUCCGUCCUCAUACCUGUCUAUGAAUUUGCCUUUGUGCCGAUCCUACGUAGAAUCACCGGCCACCCAAACGGCAUCACCCACCUGCAGAGAGUGGGAGUUGGACUUGUCCUCUCUGCAAUCUCAAUGGGUAUAGCAGGUAUAAUAGAAGUGAAGAGAAAGCACGAAUUCAACCACCACAAUCAUCGUAUUAGCCUCUUUUGGCUAUCUUUCCAUUAUUCUAUUUUUGGAAUUGCUGAUAUGUUUACACUUGUGGGGUUGAUGGAAUUUUUCUAUAAAGAGGCUCCUGCUGGCAUGAGAUCCCUUUCCACUUCCUUCUCGUGGCUCUCUUUGUCCAUCGGCUACUACUUGAGCGCAGUAUUCGUUGACAUCAUCAAUUCGGUCACUGGAAAGUUAACCAAGAACAAGAUGGGGUGGUUGGAAGGGCUUGACAUGAAUAAGAACCAUGUUGAACUUUUCUACUGGUUCUUGGCAAUUCUCAGCAUUCUCAAUUUUGCCAACUAUCUCUUUUGGGCUAAAUGGUACAAAUAUAAAGAGGACGUUCCGAAUGAUGAACAAACGCCAUUAAAAGUAAGCCAACCUGGUGGCAUGAAUCAAGAACAAGAACAACAACAAGAACAAGAACAGAAGGAACUUUAGAUAGACCACCUUAAUCAUCCCCAGUUGCAAAGUGAAAUAAAAUGUAUUGGUUCGCUUGUUAUUUUCCUUUUAGAUAGGAUGGUUUUGUUUUCAAAUUAUGGCGAUUUUGUUUCCUACCUUUAAUGCUACAUCUCAAGUAGUACUGGACUUAAAUAAGUGGUAGUACAUGCAUAGUUUGGGAAUUCU